ACCCACUCUCUUGGUCUGUUCAUCAUUCAAACAUUCAUUGCGGAGAGCAGCGACUAUGAGUUCCUUAAUAGAAUUUUUAAAUGGAAGUGAAUAUUAAAGAGAUACAUUUGAUUGUAUGUCAUAAAUUGUAAUGGAAAAUCUUCUAAGUAGCCCUCCCAAACCUUCCAGAACUGUACAUUUAGUGCAAGGCUGCAUCCCUGUUUAUAUGCCCCCUCGGCCACUUAAUGCUCAGACUGUUGCUGUGCAAGAAAGACCUCUUAAAAGUUCUGGUACAUGUAUCCAGUCUUCUGUUAAAAAGUCACCGGUUUCUUUAAACAAUGCUAAACAGACUAGCCUUCACACUAGCCAUUUGCUGCGCUAUUCUCCAGCAGCUUAUCUCCCAAAUCAAGACAUUAAUGAUACAGGUUCCACAUCCAGUGUAGAGCAGAGUAGUCCAACAGGUGGCAGCAGCAGCAGUCUCCACCAGGUGGUGAGUGAGGUGAUCACUGUGCAGAGAGCUCACUCGGAGGAUAUCAGGAAACAUCAACAUAUACUUGCCGAAUUACAGCAAGAGAGAAAGUGCAUGGAUUGACCCUGGAGUUAAACAGUUUGAAAAGAAAGCAGUGUGUUGCUGCAGAUGACUUUGUCCAGAAGGCUGGCAAUUGUAGGCAACUUGAAGGAGAAAUAGAAGAUGCUAUUGCAGAAAAGCAGGACCUGACAGCAUCUAUUAUUGAUGCUCAAACGAAACUGGGUAAAGAAACGAGUUUGUUGAAAGAAUACACGGGAAAGAUGAAAGAAUUUGAGUCUAAAGUUGACGUGUUGGAAUCAAAAUAUGGAUACAGAAAGGAAUUGGAGGAAUUAAAGAAAAAUGUACAAGAGUUAGAAAAUCAAAAGCUUACCUUGGAGAAAAAUCCAGACAAGGCCAGACACUUACUAGAAGGUAAAUGUGAGAGUGAUCUCAAACAGGAGCUUCAGAAGUUAGAUGAUGAAAAGAGACAAUUAAGGGGGCAGCUGCUUGACAAAGAAAAACAGGUGAAAGCGCUUAAUCUCCAGCAAGAGAAAACUAAACAGGAGACACAAGUGUUACGUAAGCGGAAUGCAGCUCAGAUGACCCGGCUAAAGAGACAGUUGAAAGAGGUGACUAGUAGGAACAGACAGUGGAAUGAACAGGCUUCUCAGCUGGAAAAAGGCAUUGCAGAGCUCAAGAAAAAGCUGCAGGAUGAUCACUGAAUUUGCAUACACUGAAUAUACAAACAAGAUAAGAAGAAAAAUAAAUAAAAUUAAUAAAUAGAAAAUUACCAGUUUUGAAUGUGUUAUAUAACAGAUUUCACUUAGACUAAUAAAAUGAUUUUAGUCUCUUUAUUAUAAGCACUCUAUAACUGUUCAGCCAGCAGGAUGUACAGUGGAUUUGCAUACACAAAAAUUGACUGUAUAACACAACUGGCAUGGGAUACACUACCAGUACAAUGCUAUAGUGGAGACUGUGACUCCAACAACUUCUUAUUGAAGGUGUCCUGGUACUUUUUUUCUUUGGGAUAAUAUUGUGAAUAAAAUCCAUUCAUUGUUGCUCUUUAUGUCUUUAAUUAUAAUAAAAAUUGGUGAUGCUUUAUUUUCACUUUUUUAAUUUAAUA